AUGGGUCUUUCGAUUGUCAUAUCUUAUACACUUUGCUGGUUGCCAUAUUGGUUAAUACAGUGGUCAAUAUCACUCAAUAUUGGGUGGAGUAGGAAUUUAUCAAUUCUCACGUGUGCAUCAUAUGCUGCAUUUGCGCUGCUAUAUAUAAAUCGUGCUGUGAAUCCUUUCAUAUACGUGUUCUUAUCAGAAUCAUUUAAGAGAAAUGUAAGUCAUUUAUUGUCAGAAAUCUUAAUUAAAGCACUCUUCACCUAA